AUGUUCACUGCUUGGUUUGACGCUAACAAGACAUAUGAGGCUGCUAAACAGUUAGCUUACAUUGACAUGCCAACGAAGUUUGUGUGGAAGAAAGACCUCAGACAUUGGCAUCCAAGGAAAAAGGGAUUCUCAAUUGGUCGGAUAUUUUACGUGCCUCCAGGAAGCGGUGAGAUAUAUUACUUGAGAUACGAUGAUAAAGAAUACAUUGACGCAAUUACUGAAGCAAGUCACGAUGAUAAAGAAUACAUUGACGCAAUUACUGAAGCAAGUCACUGGUCCACUGCCAAAUCAAUGCGUAAACUCUUUGUCAUUUUACUUACAUCCAAAAUGGUCAAUAAGCCGGAAAAUGUGUUUUUACUUACAUCCAAAAUGGUCAAUAAGCCGGAAAAUGUGUGGAAUGAAGUAUGGCACUACUUAGCUGAGGAUGCACAAUAUAACAGGCGGUUAGCAAUGCAGGAUGAAGAUUUGUGCUUAUCUGAAGAAGAAAAGAAGAAUUUCGCAUUGAUUGAAAUAGAGCGAUUGUUACAAACCUACAAUAAGUCUUUAAAAGACUUUCCUCAGAUGCCACUUCCAAACUUUCAAGACGCAUUUCUGGCUGACAAUCGCCUGCUAUUCGAUGAACUGUCGUAUGAUCGCAAUGCAUUACACCAUGAAAGCCAACAAAUGGAAAAGCAAUUAACUGAUGAACAAAAAGUUGUUUAUGAUACAAUCAUAAAAGAUGUCUUGCAACAACAUGGUGGUAUGUAUUUUGUGUAUGGAUAUGGCGGUACAAGGAAAACAUUUGUGUGGAUGGCAAUUUCGGCAAAGAUCAGAUCAAAGGGAGACAUUGUAUUAAAUGUUGCAUCAAGUGGUAUCGCCUCAUUGCUAUUACCAGGUGGAAGAACAGCCCACUCGCGGUUUGCAAUUCCCAUUGUUUUGAAUGAAGAUUCUACGUGCAACAUUACUCAAGGAAGCCAUCUUGCUGAACUUAUUACCAUGGCAAAGCUAAUUAUAUGGGAUGAAGCACCCAUGAUGCACAAACACUGCUUCGAAGCUCUUGAUAGAAAAAUGCGCGAUAUCAUGAGGUUUAAAGAUGCGCUCAGUCACAGUAAAACAUUUGGAGGUAAGACAGUUGUAUUUGGGGGUGAUUUCAGACAGAUUCUUCUAGUGAUCCCAAAAGGGUCAAGGCAAGAUAUUGUUCAAGCAACAAUAAACUCUUCUUGUGGGAAUCAUGCAAAGUAUUGA